UCAGUGACGGAAGUUGUGCUUCUCAGUACUCCUCUUGCCCUCCUCUGGCUACAAAAACCUGUGAAUGAAGUUAAAUUUAAGCCUCCGGUAAAUAGUAUAUGGAUUAUAUUGAUGCAGAGGUGUGUGCUUGCCUGAGGCUGGGUAGUAGCUUGGUACUGAGAGGUGGUGUGUGUGUCUUCCUGGUCUCUCGCAGUAUUGUCUACCACAGUUGAUAGUCAAGUCUCCCCCUGUCUUCCAUAACUGCUCCUGUAAUUGACAGGAUGGCGUGGUCAUGUGUGGGUGUGGGCGUGGUGAUGGGCGUGAUGGUGGUAUUAGGGCAGCAGCCGAGGGUGGAGACACCGUGGGGCACCUUCCUGGGGCAGCAGUACCUCUCCGCCAGGCAGGGUCGCCAGGUCUACGCUUUCACCGGUAUACCCUACGCCAAACCUCCCGUGGGCGACCUCAGGUUCAGGAUGCCAGUAGAGUACGGUGUACACUCUGAGGUGUUCAACGCCACGGGGUCGUCUCCUGCCUGCCUGCAGUGGGACCACCUGCGAGGCCACGGUGUAGUGGGCCAGGAAGACUGUCUCUACCUUAACGUUUAUACCACUACGUUGCCGCCUGCACCCACGUACUACAACACACAGCCAGUGGUGGUGUUCCUGCACGCUGGCACCUGGAUGGCAGGUAGUGGCGGGGAUGGCCUCUUCCAGCCAGACUACAUGCUGGAGUCUGACGUCGCUGUUGUUACUGUCAACCACAGGCUGGGACCCUUCGGGUUCCUGUCGACGGAGGACGGUGAGAGUCCGGGUAACUACGGGCUGUUGGACCAGGUGCGGGCGCUGGAGUGGGUGAGGAAUAACGUGCGUUAUUUCGGUGGCAUGAACGACUCCGUGACUGUGAUGGGUUCUGGUGCUGGUGGCAUCAGUGCUCACCUCCUCACUCUCUCCCCCACCACCAGAGGAGCCACCAUUUACCCUGAUGACUUCUCGUUGUUUCAACGGGUCAUCUCUCAGAGUGGGACGGCGUACAGCCCCCACGCCAUCGUCAGGAACCCACGCACUCAAGCUCUGAAGUUGGGCUUCCAGCUGGGUUGCCCUACACUCACCUCUCAUUUACUGCUGCGCUGCCUCAGGUCCCUCCCAGCCACCAAGAUCGUCGAACAGAUGCCUUCCAUGUUUAUGUGGGACGAGGAGCCCAUGCCCUUCGGUGCUGUGAUCGAUACUUGGGCGGGGAAGGAGUCCUUCCUGCCAGAUGAACCUCACCAUCUUAUCCACAAGCAGCUCUUCCUUCAGGUGCCUUGGAUGUUUGGCACCAAUAAAGACGACGGCUCCUUCAGGGUUCAAGACAUUUUGAAGGACAUCAGUCUGACAACACAGCUCAACAAGCAGUGGGAGAAAUAUGGUCCCAUCUUACUUGAUUUGAAGGACACUUCAUGUAAGGAUCCCGUCGACAUAGCUAAUAGGAUCCGUAAACAUUACAUGGGCAAGAAGAAGUUCGGCGAGGAAUCUUCCAAGGAGUUUGUGGAUAUGAUGACAGACAGGUUCUUCCUUCACCCUACGGAGCAAGCCUCCAGGGACCACUGCUACUACCUCAAGGGCAAGAACUGCUACCGCUAUGAACUCGUUUACUGCGGCCGCAGGUCCUUCCUUGAUAUCCUGCACCACGAGAGUCCUCAGGAAAUUGCCAACUCAGCUUUCGGUGGAGGACUGUCCAACCCGAGGUUCCAGAACACACGGGGCGCCCAUGGCUGGGGUGUGAGUUUCCUUGAUGAGCUGCUCUACCUCUUUCCCUCCAGCAAACUCGACAUUCUUUAUAAGCAAGACUUUAAUUCUGACUCCUCCUCCCGGGUCUCCACGCACAUGAUCAUGCUCUGGACCAACUUUAUCAAGGGCAGUGACCCAACGCCGCUGUUGGAAGGAUGGCCUGAGGAUGUUUCUCCAUGGGGAGCAUGGUGGGAGCCCUAUAUUCCUGGCUCUUUCUACUACCUCCAGAUCGACCCAGAAAUGGAAAGUAAAGAUGGCCCACUAAAGGAGGAGCAAAUGGUCUUCUGGAGUGAUCUCCCUCUGUUUGAAAAUCGUGACCACAAUGUUCUAAAGGACGAACUGUGAAAUAGUCCACAGAGUUAAGAAGAAAAAUCAUAUUUAUUAUAAAUUCUGAACAUAGGCCUACCUCGUGGGUAGUGUACUUGUGGUUUUUGUAAGUGGCCGUUUUAUUAGGUACACCUGCUCAAUAUAAAUAUCUGAUCGGCCAAUCACGUGGCAGCACCUCAGAGCCAAAAAAGCAUGUAGACAUGGUUAAGAGGUUCAGUUGUUCAGACCGAACAUAGAAUGGGAAAGAAAAGUGAUCUACGUGAUUUUGAUCGUAGAAUGAUUAUCUGUGCUAGACGGGGUGGCUUGAUUAUCUCAGAAACUGCUGAUCUGAGAUUUUCAGUCUAGAGUGAUAAUGGCGUGAAAAACACUAAUACAUCCAAUGAGCAGCAGUUGUUGGUGAUAACACCUUGAUAAUGAAAAGUGUCAGAGGAGAAUGGUCAGGCUGGUUCAAGCUGACAGUAGCUCAGAUAAUCAUACGUUACAUCAGUGGUAAACAUUAAAGUGUCUCCAAAAACACAACACGGCGAACAUUGAAGUGGCAGAGUGAAGUAGCAGAAUACCACACCGGGUUCUACUCUUGUCACCUAAGAAGAGGAAACUGAGGCUACAGUCGGCACGGGCUCACCAAAACGGGGACAAGAUGAAAUUUAGACACACAUGCACCAUGUUGUACAUGUGUUUAAUUCUCAUCAAAACUGAACAGUUGAAGAUGAAAAAAACAACGCCCGGUCUAACGAAUCAACUCGUGAUUUCUGCUGCUACAUGCAGAUGAUAGGGUCAAAAUUUGGUGUAAACCUUUGAGAUGUGGUGGAACAGGAGGUUUGCAGCAUGAAUGUGCAGCCGACAUCUGCGGAAGCUGUGUGAUGCUGUCAUGUCAAAAUGGACCAGGAUUUCUUAAGAAUGUUUCUAACACCUCUCUGAUCGCGGGUUCUAUCCCCGCCCGUGGUAUGGUUUAAUCAGACUGUUCUGGGGAGUACCUAAUAAAGUGGCCAAUGAGUGUAUAAGUGUUUGUACCUUUUGAUUUCUUUAAAUAUACAUACAUUUAAUAUAAUCUAAAUCUGCUAACGAUACGCAUUCACAAAAUAUGUACGAAAUCUGUGUGGGUUAUUCGUUGGUUUAGUUUAUUAUAACAAAAGAAAAGGCACAAUACCGAACUAAUGGGUUCAAGAAUUGGACCACAAAGUUUUAAUAGCUAAACAAGUUACACUGGUAAUGAAUUAUUAACAUUUGGUUACAAUCGUAAUGAGUUAUUUAUGAAGACGUGAAUUAAGUCACAAAAAUAUA